CUUAAACAUCUAUAAAAUUAAUGAAGGAUAUUUUUGCUGUAAUCAAAAGUUGUGUGUACCCAUAGUGUUACAAGUUUACUCAAUUCCCUUUUACUUCUAUUCAAACAACUACGAAACACUAGGCUUCUGCUGAGCACCAAAAUGUCAGCAGAUAUAUUUAUUUUUAACUGUCGCAAAUUAAGUUAUAUAUUGUAAUCUGACACCAGUGUGAACAUAAACCUAAGUAUGAAGUAGGACGCUGAAAUCAUAUUAUUGUAUGCAGUUGUUCUUUUAAGUAGCUGCUCAUAUAUCAAUAUUUUUAUAGCAACACUGAAGUGAAAACAGAACUUAGAUACUCAAGAAAAUAUUGUACAGAUCCUGUUUUCAAUACAUAGAAGUGGUAGAACCUUGGUUGACAAGAAUAUGUUCCACUAGAACUUUUUCAGUCAGAAACUUCACUUUCAGGAUUCUAGAUCAUAUAAAUCCCUUAGGAACAAGUGACUCUAGGAUAUGGGCCUAUAGAUUAUGUCUUGUCUUCAUUAUAGCAAGAAUCACAUAACCUUAGAAAUACAGUAUUUUGAUGACCGUUCCAUUCUGUCUCUCCCAGGUAAUGUUCAAAUUUUACUAUUCAUUAUGUUUUAUUUCUUAAAGGCAUCUUAUUUUAACAACCUUAAAAAGUGUCCACCUAUCUUCUGCGCCCCCAAAAGGAACACACAGUAGGUAUUGGUUUCGCAGUCCCAUCUGAGAACUUGCUGCUGGCAGCUGAAACGAAAUACAUGAUCUUCAGGCAACAGAGCUUCCUGAAAACCUCCGUUUCUAUGCAUGAAGAUGUCUCUGGCGGACUUGGGGAAGAGGCUGCUGGGAGCAGCAAGAAAAGGCCAAGAUGAUGAAGUGAGGAUGUUGAUGGCCGGUGGUGCCCCAUUUACCACAGGCUGGCUUGGAACCUCCCCGCUGCACCUUGCAGCCCAGCCUGGACACUACUCCACUGCAGAAGUGCUGCUUCACACUGGCGUCAGCAGGGACACCCACACUAAAGUGGACAGGACCCCUCUGCACAUGGCCGCAGCCGACGGACACACACACGUCAUGGAGCUGCUUGUUAGGAAUGGUGCCGAUGUGAAUGCCAAGGACAUGCUGAAGACGACAGCUUUGCACUGGGCCACAGAGCACCAUCGGGACGUUGUCAAGCUGCUUAUCAAGUACGGGGCUGAUGUUCAUGCUUUCAGCAAGUUUGAUAAAUCGGCCUUUGACAUAGCUCUGGAGAAAAACAAUGCUGAGAUUUUGGUCAUCCUGCAGGAAGCAAUGCAGAGUCAGGUCACUGCCAACCCCGAGAGAGCCAACUCCAUGACCAACCCCAUGACGGUGGCUGCACCAUUCAUCUUCACCUCCAGAGAGGUGGUUAACCUCGCCAGCCUUGUUUCUUCAGCCAACACCAAAACAACCUCCCGUGACCCCCAUUCCUCAGCAGUACAGUUCUCAAAUUCUACCACUUCAGUGCUGGCCACCCUUGCUGCCCUUGCUGAGGUGUCUGCCCCCUUCUCCAACUCACACAGAGCCGCAGUCAGUCCAGAAGAAAUCACAGAGGGAGAUUCAGUUGACUCAUUGGUCCAGCAAGUGGUGGGGAGUGGAGGCCAGAGAGUGAUCAUCAUAGUGACCGAUGGGGUCCCUCUGGGGAACCUCCAAGCUGCCCUCCCUGCUGCAGGCCUGGGCCAGCCACUUAUCAUAACUAUGUAAGACGGACAGCAAGUUCUAACUGUACCUGUUUCAGGUCAGAUUGCAGAGGAGACUGUGAUUGAGGAGGAAGAGGAAGAAGCAGAGAAGUUACCACUGACAGAGAAAGCAAGGAUGGGAGAGAUGACAGUGUGGAGGAGAGUAAGGAGGGCAGCAAAAGAGAGUUACUACAGUAGCAACAAGGAGGCCAAUCAAAGAGCCCAGGAAUACCGGCACCAGCUCCUAAGGAAAGAGCAGGAUGCAGAACAGUACCGUCUUAGGCUGGAGGCCAUAGCCCAACAACAGCCCAAUGGAAUUGAUUUCGCUGUGGUUGAAGAGAUAGCUGAGGUAGAUGCUGUAGUAAUCACAGACAGAGAGGAGCAGAAGUGACUAGGUCAGGAGGUGCCACAGAGCCUCAUACUGGAGUUUCUAUGGAAACUGUUUCAUCCUAACAAGCAAGAUCCACAGCUUGCAUUGUGUUCAUCUUAUUUCUCUUUUAAGAAGAAAAUUCAGCU